AUGUUUACCCUUCGAGCUGCUAGCCGACGUGCUUUCUCCACAUCCAUUGCCCGACGAAACCUGAUUUCCGAGGCUUACACCCGGGAGGUGCGUGCAUUCAAGGCCCCCAAGCUCUCUGCCAAGGACGCCGAGGGUCAGGUCAAGCCCUGGUCCGCCCCCUCUGCCCCCAAGCCCCCCGUUGUCGAGGGUGCUGAUGCCGCAGAGCUCCAGGCCUACGCCGAGGCUCCCGUCGAUGUCGAGGGCCAGACUAACUCCAAGUCCGCCUCUCCCCAGGCCAACGAUGAGGACUGGCUCGCUUUCGAGGAGGAGGAGGGUGUUGCUGUUUAA